AUGGGGAUUGGGAAAAAAUGUAAAACAACAAUGGGAAAACAACGACGGGGAGUGGGAAAACAUGGCAAACAACAAUGGGGAUUGGGAAAAAAUGUAAAACAACAAUGGGAAGUGGGAGAACAUAUCAAACAACAACGAGGAGAGGGCAAACGUCUCAAACAAUCAUGGGGAGUUGGAAAACAUCUCAAACAACAAUUGGGAUUGGGAAAACAUAUCAAACAACAAUGGGAAAUGGGAAAACAUAUCAAACAACAACGAGGAGUGGGAAAACGUCUCAAACAACAAUGGGGAGUUGGAAAACAUCUCAAACAACAAUUGGGAUUGGGAAAACAUGUCAAAGAACAACUGGGAGUGGGAAAACAUCUCAAACACCAACUGGGAGUGGGAAAACAUGUCAAACAACAAUGGGAAGUGGGAAAACAUGUCAAACAACAACGGGGAGUGGGAAAACACCUCAAACAACGACGGGGAGUGGGAAAACAUCCCAAACAACAACGGGGAGGGGGGAAACAUCUCAAAGAACGACGGGGAGUGGGGAAACAUGUCAAACAACAACGGGGGGUGGGAAAACAUCUCAAUAAAAACGGAGAGUGGGGAAACAUCUCAAACAACAACUGGGAGGAAGAAAACAUCUCAAACAAAGACGGGGAGCGGGAAAACAUGACAAACAACAACGGGGAGAAGGAAAACAUCUCAAACAGCGACGGGGAGCGGGGAAACACCUCAAACAACGACGGGGAUUGGGAAAACAUCUCAAAGAAUGAAGGGGAGUGGGAAAACAUCUAG